GUGUAGGUAGGACUUAGUUUUUCUUGCUUUGUUUUCAGGAUCUUGAGAACAGAAUAAUUAUUUUUCUUAAAAAUGAGCUGGAAAAGUUUAAGAAAAUAUUAAAAAGAGAGAACACACAGUACUUUGUGCAGGACUUUAUAGAGGAAAUGCGUGAUAUCAAAGAAGCAGCUCUUGAUAUGACACUCUUCUUCCUAAGAGAUAUGAAGCAAGUUGAGGCUGCAGAUGCUCUACAAGAUGAACUGGUCCUCAUUCAUCAGCAACCGCUAAAAUCAACUCUGAAGAGGAGGCAUAAAUUUGUAUCUGAAGGAAUUGCAAAGCAAGGUGAUUCCAAGCUUCUAAAUAACAUCUACACAGAUCUUUAUAUGACUCUUGAUGUUAGUAAACAAGUCAAUAACCAAUCUGAAUCAAGAAAAGUUGAGGCUGAUAACAGGCAACAUAAAACCAAAGACAUUUCAGUUGAAUGCCAACAUUUGUUUGAAGACAAGAAGAUCAGAACUGUCCUGACAAAAGGAGUUGCUGGCAUUGGAAAAUCCAUCUUUGUGCAGAAGUUUAUUUUGGAUUGGGCUGAUGGAAAAGAAAAUAAAGAUAUUACUUUUAUAUUUCCUCUUGCAUUUCGAGAGAUGAACUUAAAGGAGAAUGAAAAACAAAGCUUGACAGGUCUUAUGAGUCAGUUUUUCCCAGAGAUAAAAGGACUCAACCUUGCAAGAAAUGAUAAAUUCAAAUUACUGUUCAUCCUUGAUGGAUUAGAUGAAUGCCGUCUUCCUCUGAACUUUGAGCGUAAUGAAAUUUGCCGUGAUGUGUCAUCACAAGUUUCUCUGGAUGUUCUCCUAACAAACCUUAUUAUGGGAAAUCUGCUGCCUUCUGCUCUCAUCUGGAUCACCACCAGACCAGCAGCUGCCAUUAAAAUUCCUCCUGAAUGUAUUAACCGCGUGACAGAAGUGCAUGGAUUCGAUGCACUAAAGAAGGAAGAGUACUUCAGAAAAAGAUUCAGAGAUGCGGAUCUAGCCAAUAAAAUUAUUAAUGAUGUUAAAGAAUCAAAGAGUCUUUUUAUCAUGUGCUACAUCCCAGUCUUCUGCUGGAUUUCAGCCACUGUUUUCCAGAACAUUUUGGAGGAGAAAAGAAAUGAUCUGAAAAACAAUCAGGCUGAUGACGCCUCCAAAACACAAAAGAAAUCAAAUACUGAAGACACUUGCAAGACUCUGACACAAAUGUACACACACUUUCUCCGCUUUCAGAUCCUGCAAAGCCAUCGAAAGUAUGAUGGACAAUACACACCAGAUGUUUCCUGGGAUAAAGAUGUCAUGCUUUCACUGGGAAAACUGGCAUUUGAUCAGUUGCAAAGAAACAAUCUGCUUUUUUAUGACACAGAUCUGGAGUCCUGUGGUAUUGAUGCCUCUAAAGCAUCAGUGUAUUCAGGAAUGUGUACCCAAAUCUUUAAGGAGGAGAGAGGGAUUAUUCUUGGUACCACUUUCUGCUUUGUUCACUUGAGCAUUCAAGAGUUUAUUGCAGCACUUUAUGCACAUCUGUUUCUAGACGUCAACAAAAAAAGUGUGUUUGUUCAUAAGUCUACAGAACAGGAAAACAAAAUUGAAACCAUGAUUGAUUUGCUCAAGACUGCAGUGGACAAGGCACUUGAGAGCGAAACUGGACACCUGGAUCUUUUCCUUCGAUUCCUCCUUGGUUUUUCACUCCAGACUAAUCGUAAACUCUUACGAGGUUUGUUGGAACAGCAAGGAGACAAUGACCAGAACGACAAGGAAAUAGUUCAGUACAUCAAGCAUAAAUUAAAUGAUAAUCUGUCCCCAGAAAGAUCCAUCAAUCUGUUCUACUGUCUGAAUGAACUGAACGACCAAACUCUGGUGAAAGAUAUUCAGACUCAACUUAAAGAAGGAAGUCUUUCAUCUGCUGACCUUUCACCUGCUCAAUGGUCUGCUGUGGCAUUUGUGUUGUUGAGAUCAGAGGAAGCGAUGGAGAAGUUCGAGCUUCAGAAAUUCCAAAAAUCAGACGAGUGUCUCUUUAGGCUGUUGGAAGUUGUGAAAAUUUCCAAAAAAGCUCUGUUAAAUGAUUGUGGCUUAACAAAUGAGAGCUGUUUAAAUUUGGCUAAAGCUCUUGGAUCAGAUAACAAUCUGACAGAGCUAAAUAUGAGCAAUAAUAAGCUACAGGAUUCAGGAGUGAGUCAGCUCUGCACUGGAUUGGAGAAUGUUACGUGUAAAUUGGAGAUACUAAAGCUCAGUAAAUGUGUGCUAACAAAGGAAAGCUGUUCAGCUCUUGCUUCAGUUCUCAGUUCAGACUCCAGCAGUCUGAAGCAACUUGACCUGAGCAAUAAUAAUCUACAGGACGCAGGAGUGAAGAUACUCUCUGAUGGACUGAAAGAGAACUGUAAACUGGAGGUACUCAGUCUUAGUAAGUGUAAUCUAACAGAGGAGAGCUGUUCCGCUCUGGCUUCAGUUCUCAGUGCAGACUCCACCAGUGUGAAGGAUCUUGACCUAAGCAAAAAUAAUCUACAGGACUCAGGAGUGAAGAUACUCUCUGAUGGACUGAAAGAGAACUGUAAACUGGAGAAACUCAUGCUGUGUGAUUGUAAACUAACAGAGGAAAGCUGUUCAGCUCUCGCUACAGUCCUAAAAUCAAACCCAUGUCUGAAAGAGCUUGACAUGAGCAACAAUAAUCUACAGGACUUAGGAGUGAAGAAACUCCUAAAAGGAUUAGAGAAUCCAAACUGCACACUGCAGAAACUGAGACUGUGUAAAUGCGGUAUUACAGAGAAACAGUGUCUCAUCCUGACUGCAUCUCUGAAAUCAAACCCAUCACACCUGAGAGAGCUGGACAUCAGUGGAAAUAAACUAGGAGAUGGUGGAGUUAAAAGCCUUGGUGUUCUGCUAAGCAGUUUACAAUGCAAGCUGGAAAAACUUAAUCUGUGUGGAUGUAGUAUUACAGAGAAUCAGUGUGUCAUCAUGAUGUCAGCUCUAUUUUCAAACUUUUCACAUCUGAGGGAGCUGAACCUCAGUGAGAAUAAGAUAAAGAACACAGGAGUGAAGAUCUUAUGUGAUGUACUGAAGGAUUCACACUGUAAAUUGGAGAGAUUGAGGUUAAGUGACUGUGGAAUGACAGAUGAAGGUUGUUCUGAUGUAACUUCAGCUCUGAAAUCAAACCCAUCACAUCUGAGAGAGCUGGACCUGAACCAGAAUGAACUAGGAGACUCUGGAGUGAAAAACCUCAGUGAUCUACUGAUGAACCCACAAUGCAAGCUGGGAAACCUAGAGUUGUGUAAAUGCAGUAUUACAGAGAAACAGUGUAUCAUCCUUGCUUCAGCUCUGAAAUCAAACCCAUCACACCUGAGAGAGCUGAAUCUCAGUGAUAAUAAAAUAAAAGACAAGGGAGUGAAUCACUUAUGUGAUGUAUUGAAGGACUCGUACUGUAAACUGGAGAGACUGAGCCUAGACAAAGACAACUGGCUCAAAGCUGGUCUAAACUACUUGUUGACACCUUGGUCCAAAACCAAAUCAACAGAACCAGACCCAUCAUUACCAGGUGGAAUAAAGGAGGAAGAAGGGCCUGGUCAAAGCUCACAUGGGUCCUAUAAGAAGGAAUCUGGCUCUUCAGUAUAA